AUGGUAAAAAAUUUGAUUGACAUUGAAGAAUCUUAUAUUAACACCAUCCAUCCAGAUUUUGAUGCAACAGAAAUCAUGUUAAACGCAGGAAUAAAUAGUGCCACACCUUCAAAUGAACAAAAACCUCCUGUUGUUACUCAAGCACCACCAAAACCUAUUCCACAACAACCAACAACUAAACCUCCUAAAAAACAAUCACCAUCCAAAGGUGGGUUUUGGUUUUGGGCAAGCAAAGCAUCAGACGAAAAUGAGGAUGAAGAUAAUGAAACUCAAAAACAAACCACUCCUUCAGUUCCAGUCCAACCAGAACCUAAAGUUGAACCAAUUGUAAUCAGUGCUACUGAUACAAAAGAACAAAGAAAUAUUAAGAUGAUGAGAGAAUUAACUAGGUCAUAUUUAAAUAUCGUAAGAAAAAGUAUUGAGGAUUUUGUUCCUAAAGCAAUUAUGCAUUUCCUCAUUAACCAAACAUGUAAAGAUUUACAAAAAGCAUUAGUUGAAGAAUUGUAUAAGAGUGAUAAAAUAAAUGAUCUUAUGAGUGAAAGUCCAGCAAUUACAACAAAGAGAGAAAUGUUAAAAAAGAAUUUAGAGGCAUUACAAAAAGCUUAUAAUAUUCUUGAAGGAAUUGUUACAAUCAAAGUUAAUUAA